AAGUUAUCAAAACUUUUUUAUGUCACUCAAUCCGUUACUGUAAUCGUUAAAUUAUUCAAAUCAUUCUUAUGACAUAGUACGAUGUCCGUAUUUUUAAAUAAACGUAUGUAUAAAAUAAUGAUGAUCUAGUCUAACACAUAUUUAGCAGUUAGGUCGCGCUACGCAAGUCACAGUAUCAAAUUCAGUUAGACAGGUCUUUACCACUUCACCUUGCCACUGUCAAGGAUAUCCACUCUUUCGAACGCUUCCUUUUCACAAAACAAUCUCGCAGCCCGUUUCCAAUAUAACUUGAUCCCACAGCUUCCAAAGUUUAAAAGCAGUCGGUGCUAACCGUUAGACUGGUCGACUCUUUCAAAUGCGGCUGCAGGACCAACAAGGUUGCACGUAUACGUUGUAAACAGAGCAAAGCAAACGCACGCGUUUAUCGCGGAUACUGAAAUUAUAUCAGCUGUUUUAAUUAUUUAUAGCCAGACAUAAAUUGAAAAAAAAAAAACACUAAAAUAUAAUUUGAAUGUGCCAUGAAGUUUCAAGAUAUGGCCAAUGGGAAAUGUGAGGUGUUUGUGGAGAGUUCGAGCUCAAAUGGAGCAUCGUAUGGGAAAGGAGACCGACACACGGCUGCACCUAAUGAAAUCUUCGUGAACCGGUCGCUGCAUUUAGAAAACAUCAAGUUCUAUGGCUUCGAUAUGGACUACACCUUGGCCGAAUAUAAAUCGCCACAGUACGAAACAUUAGGAUUCAAUUUAACCAAAGAGAGAUUAGUAACCAAAGGAUACCCCAAAGAGAUCUUAGAAUUCGAAUAUGAUCCAUCAUUUCCAGUCAGAGGCCUGUGGUUCGACACACUAUACGGUAACCUGUUGAAGGUAGACGCAUAUGGUAACAUUCUUGUGUGCGUGCAUGGAUUUGAGUUUCUUAAACAUUCGCAAGUAUACGAAUUGUACCCAAAUAAAUUCUUGACACUAGACGAGUCUCGAGUUUAUGUAUUGAACACGCUGUUCAACCUGCCAGAGACGUAUCUAAUCGCCUGCUUGAUUGACUUCUUCACUAACUCCAAGGAUUACAGCAGAGAGAAGACGGGCGUCCGCGCCGGCGACCUAGCCAUGUCCUACAAGUCCAUCUUCCAAGACGUCCGAAACGCUGUCGAUUACGUCCACAUCCACGGAGACCUCAAACAAAAGACCACAGAGAACUUAGAACUGUAUCUGAAGAGAGACGAACGUUUGCCGAUGUUCCUCUCUAGGAUUCAGGAGAGUGGGGCAAAGUUGUUCAUACUGACCAACAGCGACUAUAACUUUACGGACAAGAUCAUGACGUAUCUGUUCGAUUUCCCGUAUGGAGCUAAGCCUGGCGAGCCCCACAGAAACUGGCGAACGUAUUUCGACUACAUAGUAGUGGACGCAAAGAAGCCGCUUUUCUUCGGCGAAGGCACGACACUACGGCAGGUCGACACCAGGACGGGAGCCCUCAAAAUGGGCCACCACGUGGGGCCUUUGCACGAGGGACUAGUUUACUCUGGAGGUUCCUGCGAUGUCUUCACCGUCCUUAUCGGUGCCAAAGGCAAGGACGUACUCUACAUCGGUGACCACAUCUUCGGAGACAUCCUCAAGUCCAAGAAAAUCGGUGGCUGGCGCACGUUCCUCAUAGUUCCGGAACUCGUUCAGGAGUUACACGUGUGGACGGACAAAUGCCAGCUAUUCGCGCAGCUGCAAAGUCUGGACGUGCAGCUUGGGGAUAUGUACAAAGACUUGGACUCGAGCACAAAGGAGAAGCCCGACAUUUCAAAAUUGCGGAUGGCGAUCCGUGACGUCACACACAAGAUGGACCUUGCCUACGGCAUGCUCGGUUCACUGUUCCGCUCUGGUUCUAGGCAGACCUUCUUCUCAUCACAGGUGGUGAGAUAUGCGGAUCUGUACGCGGCAUCAUUCCUGAACCUGAUGUACUAUCCGUUCUGCUACAUGUUCCGCGCGCCCGCCAUGCUCAUGCCGCACGAGUCCACCGUGGCGCACGAGCAGCGCUUCACGCUGGAGGCUCCGACUAUUGACAGGUCCCGACACCCGAGCGCACAGCGAGCCUACAGCGUGAUGUCGGUGAGCGAGGACACCGAUGAUCAGACCGCUUCCACCUUGGACUCCAAGGAUGUCAAGGACGCGCGGCUGGCGGCCGGCAGCGCCAGCGUGCCGCACGCGCGCCCCGAGACGCCGCGCCAGCUCACGCACACGCACGACGAGGACUGCUCCGACGACGACGACCAGGCCAAGCAGAAAUAAACACCAGCCAAGCAAAUAACCGAUAACGGACCAUUUCCACGUCUAAACAACACGAGGACUGCACGGGGACAGGAUGGCCGAAAAUCACGCGAGGACUUAAUUGGAUCAGGAUGGCCGA